AUGAACGACCAGCAAGGUGUCAAACUUCGUAAUCAGUUUGACAACUUGGGAAAGGUUGGACCAAUAAAUCAAACUAAGCAUGGAAAUACAGGGGAUUACAGAGCAAUGAAUAGAAACCCUGAUAUCAUACCAUACGUUAGGAACAAGGUUGUGAUUGUGAGGGGAAGUGAUGAAACGGAAACGCCUUAUAUUAAUGCAUCAAAGCUUGAAUCAUACGGCGAUAUCACAAAAUUAAUCGCUGCUCAAGGUCCAAUGGAGUCCACCACUGAGUUUUUCUGGAGAGCAGUAAUUGACAACAAUGUCAACACUAUUGUGAUGUUAACCCCUAAUGAAGAAGGCAAUAAGGAGCAAUGUUAUCCUUAUUGGGAAGAUCAUAAAAUGCUUUCAAAAAGCUUGAAUAUUUCCGUAAAAUCUACGAACACAGAAGGACAAAUUAUCAGAAGAGAAAUCCAAGUUUCUAAAGACGAAGCAGUAAAGACAAUAAUUCACUACCAAUAUGUUGAAUGGAAAUCAAACGAAUCUCCCGAAACAACUUCUGAUGUAAUUGAACUCAUAGAGAAAAUGCAAUCGAGCGUAAGAAGAAACAAAGAAGCAACUGCUCUGAUUCAUUGCAGCGAUGGUGCUGGAAGAACUGGAACAUUCUGUGCAAUAUUGAAUUUGAUUGAAAGAUUAAAAUGCGAAAAUAGGGUUGACGUCUUCCGGAUAGUAAAAGAUCUACGUGACUGCAGACCUGGAAUGGUCCAAACUUUGGAUCAAUAUCGGUUCUGUUUCGAAACUGUUUCAGUUUAUUUAUCAUCGUUCAACCUCUACUCAAAUUUUGAUGUUAGCAAUGGAAAGCAAAUUACGCAGGAAGAGAGCACAUCAGAUUUCCGAAACUAUAGAUUAGAACUAUUUGAAAAAGGAGAGGCAUAUUAUGAUGCCAAGACUGUGUGUGAAGCAAGAAAUGCAUGGCUCGUUGAGAUAAAAGAUAAAGAAACUCAAGAUGCAAUGAAAAAAUUUACUGAGUGA